AUGGAGCAUGCGUUGUUAGAUCAUGAUAAUGGCAGUAGAAUAUUGGCUACAACAAGAAAUGAGGAUGUUGCUAAUUUUAGUAGAGGAUCUUCAUUGGUUCAUGUCUAUCGUAUAGAACCUUCAACUCAGAAGGGGGCAUGGGAACUCUUCUGCAACAAAGCAUUCAGGUUUGAGUUUAAAGGGCAAUGUCCAAAAGAUCUGGAGGGAUUGUCACGCGACAUUGUUAGAAGAUGUGGAGGAUUACCGCCACUAGCAAUUGUGGCUGUUAGUGGACUUCUAGCUACCAAAGAAAAGACCGUUCUUGAAUGGAAAAAAGCUCUUAGAGGCCUUGGUGGUUCUGCAAUGGUGAGUGACCCAUAUAUUGAUAAUGUCACUAACAUUCUAUCUUCCAGCUACGGUGAUCUGCCUUACCAUCUCCAAUCUUGUUUCUUAUAUUUUGGCUUGUGUCCUGAGGAUUUUCCCAUUAAACUUGGAAGCAUAAUUCAACUAUGGGUAGCUGGGGGUUUUGUACAAGAAAAACCAGGCAUGACACUAGAGGAGGUUGGAGAAGAAUACUUCAUUGAACUCAUUCGUCGAAGUUUGGUUCAAGUGGAUAAAGUUAGUUUGAAAGGAACUCUCAAAACAUGUCGUGUUCAUGAUUUGGUACAUGAUGUCAUUCUUUCCAAGUCAAAGGAGCCGAGUCUCUGCCAUGUUUCCAGUAGUUUCUCAACCUUCGAAGGCAUAGCGCGACAUCUCUCCAUAAGCAACAGAGGAAGCAACACUCCAAAUAGUAUCACCAAGUCUCAAACUCGCUCUGUUAUAGCUUGUAACGAAACCGCCUUCCCAAAAAGAUAUUUAAACUUAAGAGAUACCAGAGCAGCAAAACCUCCAAGAUCAAUAAGAAAGCUUCAUGACCUGGAGUCCUUGGAUUUGAGAAAUUCUUUCGUGGAAGAGUUGCCAGUUGAGAUCAGUACGUUCCCUGAAUUGCGACAUCUUUUGGCUGAUGAUAGAAAGACUCGGGCAUUGAAGAUACAUGGCAGCAUUAAGCAUUUGGAGUUCUUGCAAACGUUGUUUAUAAUUAAAGUGGAUCGUGAUUUAAGCUUGAUCAAUGAUGGCCUACAAGUGUCGACGAAGAUGAGGAAAUUGGGGGUCAUCAAUUUGAAAAGAGAACAUGGAAGUCCAAUCAAUAUCUUCUCCUCCUCUUCAGCUGCAAAGUCUCCUAGUUGGAUUCCCAAACUACACAAUCUGGCUGAACUGAGUUUGAGUUUUACAAACUUCAUGGAUGAUUCCAUUGAAGUCCUUCAAGCUCUGCCCAAUCUAAAAUAUCUUGCACUUGCAUGGGCAUACAACGGAGAGAAGAUGCAUUUUGAAGGAGGAGGGUUUCAGAAACUCAAGUUUCUGUCUCUUGCAGGCUUGAGCAAUCUGAAUGAAAUGUUAAUUAACGAAGGAGCAUUGCCACUUCUUAAAAGGCUAGAAAUGGGACCCUGCCCAAAACUGAAUAAGGUGCCCUCUGGAAAUCAAAACUUGAGAUAUCUCAAAGAUUUAUCGUCCGCAGGGAUGACAAAUGAGUUCACUCAAAGAUUGUCACGGCAAGAAUCCGAGAUAGUGAGGCACAUACCGAUUCUCCGAUAUGAUGCUACUUAUGAUCCCAAUGGUGAAGGAUCUUAUGGAGCAUUUGGAUGA